CCCUUCUAUAGGCUUGAAAAUGCAGUGGACGCCGGAGCAUGCUCAGUGGCCAGAACAGCAUUUUGAUAUAACUUCGACCACUAGGUCACCAGCCCACAAAGUUGAAGCAUACCGCGGUCACCUGCAGCGUACCUAUCAGUAUGCCUGGGCCAAUGAUGACAUCUCUGCUUUGACAGCAUCAAAUCUGCUAAAGAAAUAUGCAGAGAAAUAUUCUGGAAUUUUGGAUGGUUCCAUGGAACGGCCCAUUCUCAGUAAUUACACUGAAGCUCAAGCAGGUCUUGUAAACGGCCGGAAACAUGAAGGUGAACCUUGGCAGAGUUCCUUGAACUCUGAGGGUGUAUAUCCUAUGAACUGUGUUACUGAUGUUAUUGCAGCAAGCAAAGCUGGAGUGGGAGCUGCAAUACCUCCAUCCGAUGUUUCUGCCAGCAUAGGUAGUUCUCCUGGGGUGGGAAGCAACCUGACAGAACCUAGUUAUUCCAGUAGUACAUGUGGAAGUCACACAGUACCAAGUCUGCAUUCAGGGCUACCAUCUCAGGAAUAUGGAGCAGGAUAUAACGGAUCCUACCUGCAUUCAAGUUACAGUAGCCAAUCUGCCUCUGCACUGCCAUCACCUCACCCAUCUCCACUUCAUAGCUCGGGACUUCUACAACCUCCUCCUCCACCUCCACCUCCACCAGCUUUAGUGCCAGGCUACAAUGGGGCCUCAAACCUAUCAAGCUACAACUAUCCACCUGCAACUUAUCCCCCACAAUCCACUGUUGGGUCAGGUUAUAGUCCUGGAAGUGCACCUCCUCCUUCAGCUUACCUCCCUUCAGGCAUUCCUGCUCCUACUCCUCUUCCUCCCACUACUGUACCAGGCUAUAGCUAUCAGACCCAUGGAUUGACCCCGAUAACACCGUCUUCUUUGUCUAACAGUUCUGCCAGCUCUCUUAAAAGAAAAGCUUUCUACAUGGCAGGACAAAGUGAUUUAGAUCCCAGCUAUGGAAAUUAUAGUUACAGCCAACAGAGAACCUCACAUAGCCCUAUGUAUAGAAUGCCUGACACAAGUAUUGCUAAUUCAAAUAGGGGAAAUGGCUUUGACCGAAGUUCUGAAACAACAUCAUUAGCCUUCAAGCCAACGAAACAGCUGGGACCUGGUGACCAGCAAAGAAAAUUUAGCAGUCAGUCAACUAGAGCUCUCACCCCACCUUCAUAUACCACUGCUGCUAAAAUUCAAGAUCAAGUGAAACAUUUGGAAAAUACAACUCUUCUGCAAUUAGUGAACACAGUGAUGACCACAGGCAAAUGCUCCCACACUCUCUACAAGGCCCUGGAAUUCAUACAGCUACCUCAUCAAACCACUCUGUGGACGAACAGCUGAAGAAUACCGAUACACACCUCAUUGACCUUGUAACAAAUGAGAUUAUUAGCCAGGGACAUCCAGUUGACUGGGAUGAAAUUGCUGGCCUUGAUUUAGUGAAGGCCUUCAUAAAAGAAGAAGUUUUAUGGCCUGUAAUUCGAUCAGAUGCAUUCAGUGGACUCACUGCUUUGCCUCGGAGCAUUCUUUUAUUUGGACCUAGAGGGACAGGAAAAACUUUACUGGGCAGAUGCAUAGCUAGUCAGCUGGGUGCAACAUUCUUUAAACUUUCUGGCUCAAAUAUUGUCACAAAGUGGAUAACCGAAGGUGAAAAGAUUGUCCAUGCAACAUUUCUUGUUGCAAGGUGUCGGGCAGCCCUCAGUGAUUUUUGUUAGUGACAUUGACAUGCUUCUUUCUUCCCAAGUGAGUGAAGAACAUAGUCCGAUAAGUAGGAUGAGAACAGAAUUUCUUAUGCAGUUAGACACUGUUCUAUCUUCUGCUGAGGACCAAAUAGUUGUAAUCUGUGCCACAAGUAAACCUGAAGAAAUAGAUGAAUCUCUACGGAGAUACUUCAUGAAAAGACUUCUUAUCCCUCUUCCUGACAGCACAGCCAGACAUCAGAUAAUAAUACAACUGCUAUCACAGCACAAUUACUGUCUCACCGACAAAGAGGUUGCACUCCUUGUCCAGCGCACAGAAGGUUUUUCUGGACUGGAUGUGGCUCGUUUGUGUCAGGAAGCUGUGGUAGGCCCUCUUCAUGCCAUACCACCUUCAGACCUUUCAGCCAUCAUGCCUGGCCAGCUGCGACCUGUAACAUAUCAAGACUUUGAAAAUGUAUUCUGCAAGAUUCAGCCUAGCAUAUCACAAAAAAAGAACUUGAUACAUAUAUUGAAUGGAACAAAAUGUUUGGGUGCAGUCAGUGA